UCCUCUUCACCCUAUCAAAUUGCAUUAUUUCAUUAAUUUACUUUUUUCACGAAAACUUAAAGUCUGAAUUUCGAAAAUCCAAACUCUCCAAAUACUCACCAAUUCAGACAAAAAGAUUUCGAAAAAAAGUUAUAAAAAAAAAAAAGAAAAAAAAAAAGAAAAAAAAAAGAAAAAGCUUUUAUUUUUCUUAUUCCCCUUUAUCUAUAUCCUCUUUCUUACCCUAUCUUUUUGUUAUUCGUCUAUUCUCUGCAAAACUAAACUUCGCCCAUAAAGUGCAAAUGCCAUACUCAAGGGUUUAAGGGGUUUUUGUUCUAUGAAGAUGACUAUGGUUGGACAUUGUGGUUAUUUGGAUGGAAUUCCAACUGGUCCUGUUGUUGAUGAAGAUUUUGAUGAUAUACUCAAUUUCUUGGAUUUUCCCUUGGAAAGUUUGGAAGAAGAUGGACAAGGUGUAGAAUGGGAUGCUAGUGAGUCCAAGUUUCUUGGACCGAUUCCGACGGAUGCUCUUAUGGCUUUCCCGCCCGUGCCUCAAGGCAACAUUGGUAACAGUCGGGUGAAGGCAGAGCCAAAUUCCAAUCAUCCUAUCAAAGUUACUGAAGGCCAGGGAAGUGGUAUUUUCCAGACGCAAAGCCCGGUUUCAGUUCUUGAAAGCAGCAACUCCUGCUCUGGUGGAAAGAGCAUAUCCAUCAAACAUGACAUUGCCAUUCCCGUACGUCCACGCUCCAAGCGUCCGCGAUCUUCAGCUCUUAAUCCAUGGAUUUUGAUGCCUCCCAUAUCUGCUACAAGAUUUGCAUCCAAGAAGACUUGUGAUGCUAGAAAGGGUAAAGAGAAGAAGAGAAAGAUGUCACUGCUAUCAGUGCCACAGAUAGCAGAUGUUACCAAGAAGAAGACAACCUCCACGCAACAGUCUAGUUUCAAAAAAUGCACACAUUGUCAAGUCACGAAGACACCUCAGUGGAGAGAGGGACCAUUGGGACCAAAGACAUUAUGCAAUGCCUGUGGAGUUCGCUAUCGGUCAGGGCGUCUAUUCCCAGAGUACCGACCUGCUGCUAGUCCUACAUUUGUUCCAACUUUGCACUCAAACUCUCACAGGAAAGUCGUAGAGAUGAGAAAAAAAGCUCUGUAUGGAGAAACAUCUGCACUCGAGGAACCUCACAGUGUGAUCGUAGAGGGCCCUCCAAUGUCACCGGCGCCAGAGUUUGUUCCAAUGAGUAGCUAUUUGUUUGAUGUAUACUGAAGAGAUGAUUAUACUUUUAGUUAGGAGCUUAAUUUUAGUUUAUUGUUUUAUUUUCGAUGGGGUCAUGGGUGGUUCUGCUGGUAUGGUGGCUACUCGCGUUAUGUGUCGAUGUACAAAUGUUGAAUCUUAGGUGUCUAGAUUAGAUAAUUGAUUGGAGGUCAGAAGGAAAAGCUUUGAAUCAAUGUUUGAUAAAGCAGUUCCUCUUAUGUAAAAACUGAACUAGAUAUAGUAGAUGGCUAGGUUUCAUUUUUACCCCCUUUAUUUGGCCUUCAAUAUAUUUUUAUUAGUCUUAGUGUCAA